CCCAAAGAUCAUUAUCCAAUCUCUUUCCCUCAAUUCUUUCAAUUCUUUAACUCUGCGAAGAUCUGACUUCUUUGCAGCUCCAAACCCGCCAAGCUCGAAAACUUGCUGGGAUACGGAGUACAUCCAUACAUCCACCUCUUGGCGCCGCCAUGAUGAUGACAUAGCUGUCGGUCUAAGACGCCCAGCAGCUCGCCGAAACACUGCUCUACCACCACCAGCAGCCGGACACGCUGUCACUGAGCUAUGGACAGCACAUCAAACGGUAUCUCAAAGCUUCUGCCAAAGGCGAUCGCGGCAAAGCGACGUCGCACCAGACCCCUGUCAACCAGCAGUGAUGAUGUUCAAGGCACGCCGCAGAAGGGCAGCCUCGCCAGCCACAGCGCUCCAGCCAGCGACGUAAGCUCCAUCGACGGCAGCCUGAACAGCCAAGAAAAUGGAAGAGCACAAUCUCUUGAAUCGGAUCCAGAAUUUCCCACUUCCGCCUCCGCUUCUUCCCGUACACCGACUUCUUCACUGGCUGCCCAUGAGGCUCACAAGCCAGAUUCGCUCGUUUCAAACACGCCGUCCAACCCAUCCGUGCAAUCUUCGACGCUGCCCCGGGACAGCACCGAGAGCAUUGAUUUUGCCCAGUCAUUAGACCGCAGCAGAACCGCGCUUGACGCUCCCCAGUCCCGACCGAAGCGGUCCUCGUCUACCAGCCGGCUGAGAGACGUGUUCAAGGCAAAGAAGAGCUCAAAUAGGGCGCUUGACGACGAAGAGAAGCCGGGGCUGGAAAGGAAACCGGACGAGCCCCCGCGCCCAAGACCCGAGGAGCCCAAGCCGGCAUCCAUCAGCAACACCACCCGCCACCUUUCUCGGGGUCAGAAGCCCGAGCCCUUGAAACCGCCGCGGACGCCGCCGACUGAGUCUUCCACCCCUGUGAUUGUCAACACACCGCCCACGCCAACUGAUUACCAGCCAGACAGCGCAAAAGGUGGGAGUGCACGCUCGACUGAUGCAUCUGCGGGGAGUAUGAUUGCCCAACGACGGAGGGCAGAUUCCGGAGCUGGCCCCAGCAAACUGUCCAACAUCAUAUCCGCCCCGCUGACGCCCACGCCCGAAAACGGCCCUGCAUCGCCAAAUCCCGCCGCCACGUUUUUUUCAUCCAUGUUCUCGGCGGUCCAAAACACUGCUAAUACACUCGGCGCGACCAUCUCCAACUCGACUUUAUCUCCUGCGGCUAAGAACAAGGGAGGACCGCCGUCGAAGGACCAGCCAGAGAAAGGAGAAGACACUGUCGAGGUUGAGUCGGCGACAGCGUCACGUCCAUCUACCGAGCCCAAGGAGCCAGCCGUCAAAACCUUGGGGAUGGGAGACCUUAGCCUCAGCCAUCUGGGCAUUAUCGACACGGGUAGUGCUGCGCCGAGCCCCGUCGCCCACCGUUUCGCUGAGUCUGACACUCGAGCGAGGUCUGAUUCAGCGCCCGCCGAAGCACAAGCUGUUACCGCGGAUUUGCCCGAAGACUCGUUGGAUUCCCGGCCACGCUCACUCAACGAGGCUGCCGGCGGCGAGCGAACACCACCUACCGGCAGCUUGUACGAAGGUAAGACGGGUGUCCACCGUAGCGGCAGCAUACGGAGUGCCAUCGGCCACCGCAGGAACCGUGGCAGCAGCGUUGCCACCCAUGGGACUACGGGCACUAGUGGGACCAUCGCUGCAGCCAUCGCGGCCGCUAACUCUUCGAUCAGCAACCCCGCCGCUUCCGGGAGUGCCCCGAAGCUGACGGGGUUUGCUGUCGCUAACAAGAAGCGCAAUCGUGAUUUCCAUGCCCUUUUCAAGAGCGUGCCCGAUGAUGACUACCUCAUCGAAGACUACAGCUGCGCUCUCCAGCGCGAGAUCCUCGCGCACGGACGCCUCUAUGUGUCUGAGGGCCACCUGUGCUUCAGCAGCAACAUCUUCGGUUGGGUGACGACGCUCGUCAUGAGCUUCGACGAGAUCGUCUCUGUCGAGAAGCGGAGCACGGCCCUCGUGUUCAAGAACGGCCUCGAGAUUUCCACUCUGCACACAAAACACAUCUUUGCCUCGUUCGCCAGCCGUGACACUACAUACGACCUGAUCAUCAAGAUUUGGAAGCUCGGCCAUCCACAUCUCCAGAGCUCGCUCAACGGCGUCCGCCUCGAGGAGCCGGGCGGCGACCGGACCGAAAAGAUUGAGACGGCAUCUGUGUCCGCAGUCGGCAGCCAUAGCAUAUCGGGAUCCGACGCUGAGAGUGAUGAUGGCGACGAUGUCUAUGACGAAGACGAGGAUGACGAAGAAGGACAUGAUGGUACCCAGCCGUCCGAUGGACCGGGUCCUGAGGUCGCUGAGAAGGCUGUCGCACGUAAGGUGUCUGGCCCCGCGGCACCCUCCGAAAAACCGGACGAGGGCGCGCCUGCAAGCGGCGGCGACUUCCCUGGUCCCGCUACCCACGCGCCCACGGACUGCGGCGAUGCGGGCACGCACUAUGACAAGGUCAUGGGUGACGAGGUCAUUCCCGCGCCUCUAGGAAAGGUGUACACGCUCUUGUUUGGUCCCGCCUCGGCAGCAUGGAUGGGUAAGUGGCUCACGACAGACCAAAAAUGCACCGAUCUCCAGAUGGACGACAAGCGUGGCCUCUCGGAGGAGGUGAAAUCGCGUACAUACUCGUAUAUCAAACCGCUCUCGGCAUCGAUUGGCCCGAAACAGACAAAGUGCAUUGUGACGGAACAGCUUGACCACAUCGACCUCGAAAAGGCGGUCAAUGUGUCAGUCAGCACGCAGAACCCUGACGUACCGAGCGGCAACAUAUUUUGCGUCAAGACCAAGUACUGUCUGACGUGGGCCGAGAACAAUGCCACGCGAGUUCAGGUCAACUGCACCAUAGAGUGGUCCGGCAAGAGCUGGCUGAAAGCCGCUAUCGAGCGAGGUGCAAACGAUGGCCAGACGCAGUUCUGCAAAGAUCUCUUUGCCGGCCUCAAAGCCGCCGUGUCAUCACGCCCACGCACGGGCAUCAACGGCGCUGCUCGCGGCAAGAAGCGAACGCGCAAGAGCAAAUCGGCGCAGGCGUCCAACCUCGCCAGCGAUACCGAAGACGUUGCAAAGGUGGUCGCCGAGCAGAACUGGGGCCUCUUUGAGCCUGCCCGACCCCUGCUCGGCCCUGUCGUCGACAUCAUCCGGCCCAUCCUCACAGGCAACGUCGUCUAUGGCCUGCUUGUCGGCCUGCUUGUGGCGUCAUGGUUCGGCUUCGGCGCCCGGCCUGGCGUUCCUCCGCGCUACGCCCACGAUCUGGCCUAUGCCAGCUACCCGCAGCGCAUGGCCGCGUACGAGGAGAUGUGGCGGCGCGAGGAGAGUGAUCUGUGGGAGUGGCUUGAGGAGCGCGUGGGCUUGGAUCGCCUGGGCAGCGAUCCGCCACCGAGAAAGCGGAGCGUGGAUCCUCGGACGGUGGAAGAGAGGCUGCGUGAGCAGAGAAUGGAUGAGCGCGAAGUCAAGGAGGCAAUGCGCGUCACUGAGGAGCAUCUCGAGGUGCUCAAGGCGGUAGUCGAUGGGCGAAGGGCCCAAAAGGUGACACCGGGACAGUGACCUUCAGGAACGGCAGUGUGGAUGGCGCCGUGGUGUUUUUCUUCCCAUGUACUCCUUUUCAUCUGGGCUCGGGUCGUGACUGGAUCUAUUGCUUGCAUCAAGCGGGUUGAUUCUGGCAUUCGUUGAACGGUUUUUCCUUUUGUCGAUACUGAUGACAAGACGCGUGGAUAGCGUAGCUGUGUGCUGGCAGUUGGCAAUGCAUCAAAAGCUCAUGGAGUUUUGGACAGUGAAUUGGAGCAUAGGUAUGAGGAAUGUGCAUAGAGUGGACUUGCAGGAAUGCUCUGGUGAUCUGAG